AUCGAACAAUAGACAGCCCAAAACUUUCGGGUACAGCGUGUGUUCAGUGUUGCAGUGCUUUAGUGUUUCGUGUGGUGAAGAACAAUGUUCCGAUUUGUGAGCUGUUUUGCCCUGUUGGCCAUUGCGACCGCUGCCUAUACCGGUAGCGGUCAUUACAGCUCGAAGUAUGCCGCUAGAAAGUUUUACCAUCAUGCUGCCGCAGACGAACCGGCAAAGGCGGUACCAGCGGAAGACCAUCACCACGAGUCGUCGCACCAUCACGAGGAGCAGGAUCAUUUCGUUGAUUACUACGCACCGACCAACUACAAGUUUGAGUACGGUGUAAAGGAUCCGCAUACCGGUGACCACAAGACGCACUGGGAGGAACGCGAUGGUGAUGUGGUGAAGGGUGCCUAUACCGUGCUGGAUGCUGAUGGUAGCUCGCGGUUGGUCGAGUACACGGCCGAUCCUCACCAUGGAUUCAACGCGGUGGUUAAGAGGAUCGAACACUCGCCCAUCCCGAAAAAGGAACACCAUCAUGUGGCGCCGGCACAUGAGGAGCCGCAAGAGGAACAUCACCAUCAUCAUCAUCAGCAGGAGGAUGAGCAUGUGGAGUACAAGCAUGCGAACCAUCAGUACCACCAGCAGCCGGAACAUCAUGGGUAUGGGUAUGGCAAGGGCUACUAGGAGGGAAAGUUCUUCAAUCACUGCAGCAUCCUGAACCCUGUGUACCUGAAGAAAAGGGGGUUGUAGUUUGUUUGUAAGCGAAAGUUGUACACUAUAUUUGUACUGGUUUCUAAAUACACCCAAAGACUGUUACAUUCGUACCGUAAA